AUGUUGAUAACGGUCAGAGAAGCCUUUUCUUCUUCUCCGCUUUGCUUCAGCAAUCCCCAUAGCCAUAGCUUCUCUUAUCUUACUUCCAAAGCCUCUCCAAGACUGAAAAGAUCAGUGUGCAAAGCCAGCUUCUCUGUUCAGAGAAAACCCAACACGAACAGCACUACAUCUUGGAAGCUUGGCGUUCUCUCCAACCGCACUGAAGCCCCAGUUUUUGAUCCUUUGGGCAUCAAUUCAGAUUGCAAUUCUGGUCUAAAUGCUACCUGGGAAAGUUUCCUAGGCCCAUUAUCACAAAAGUUAGAGAGUGCCUCAAGUUCAAAGAAGGAGAAACCUACUUCAGCUAGAGGAUUGGCAGCUGCAAUAGAGGAUAGUUCCAUUGAUUUUGGAGACUUCUUCAGAGGCCCAUUACCAGGAAAGUUUCUCAUGCUCUUGGCAUAUCUGGCCUUAUCUCGACUUGGAAUAUAUAUACCUCUUGGUGGGGUAAAUCGUGAGGCUUUUGUUGGAAAUUUGGACCAGAACAGUUUAUUGAGCACCUUGGAUUCAUUUUCUGGAGGAGGUAUUGGCAGACUGGGGAUAUGUUCACUGGGUAUUGUUCCAUUCAUCAAUGCUCAGAUUGUCUUCCAGCUUCUUGCACAAAUUUAUCCCAAGUUACAGGAUCUUCAGAAAAGAGAAGGUGAAGCAGGAAGAAAGAAAAUUCUGCGGUAUACUCAAUAUGCUUCAGUUGGUUUUGCCAUUGUCCAGGCAAUUGGCCAAGUGUUCUACCUUCGCCCAUAUGUCAAUGACUUCAGUACAGAGUGGGUUCUCUCUUCUGUUACCUUAUUGACGCUUGGCUCAGUAUUGACGACGUACAUUGGAGAACGGAUCUCAGACCUAAAACUUGGAAAUGGCACAUCUCUUUUGAUAUUCACAAGUAUUAUAUCAUACUUUCCAGCAUCUGUUGGUAGAACUGUAGCACAGGCAUUUCAGGAUGGUAACUAUGUUGGACUUGCUGCCAUAACUGUCUCCUUCUUUCUGUUGGUCCUUGGAAUUGUAUAUGUUCAGGAAGCAGAGAGGAAAAUUCCACUUAACUAUGCCUCAAGAUACAACAGCAGCAGAAGUGGAGGGCUUCAAAGAUCUGCUUACCUACCCUUUAAGUUCUGGAGUUAUGCCAAUAAUAUUUUCUACGUCAUCAUUACUCUUCCUGGUACUCUAGCACGCUUCACUGGUUUGGCUGCAUUGAAGAAUAGUGCAGUGGCUUUAAACCCAGGGGGUUCUCUCUAUCUCCCCACCAACAUCCUCUUAAUAGCCUUCUUCAACUACUACUACACUUUCCUACAGUUGGAUCCUGAUGAUGUGAGUGAACAGUUGAAGCGCCAAGGUGCAUCAAUUCCACUCGUACGACCGGGUAAAAGUACAGCUGCAUUUCUGAAGACGGUUCUAAGUCGAAUAUCAGUUCUUGGUUCAGCCUUUCUGGCAAUCCUAGCUGCUGGUCCUUCUGUGAUUGAACAAGUCACACACCUGACUGCAUUUCGGGGAUUCGCAGGCACAUCUGUUCUCAUUCUUGUUGGUUGCGCAACUGACACUGCGAGAAAAGUUCAAGCAGAGAUAAUAUCCCAAAAGUACAAGAACAUAGAGUUCUAUAACAUCGAUAAGUUUGGCCCAUAA